CGCGCAGUUUGGUGAACCACCGAGUUCAGCCAUGUUGUGGUUUUGAAUGAGGAAGAAGCGGGAGAGCCUAUUCUUUAGCGAGUUUAAACGCAAUUUAAAGUCACGUUUCGGCGGCGUACUUGUGUUCUGAUGCGACUUAAAAUGACCAUUGUUUUUCGGGACGCGUUAGUUGCGACUCACUGCAGUCCGACUGAAAUUUAAACACAGUUCUGUAAAUUAGCUCGGUGGCUAACAGCGUUAGCUACCGAGGGUAGUUAGCCUAGCACGUUUGCUAGCUAAGCUGCUAGCGAUAACUCUAAGCGAACUAGCUAACAGUUAGCUCGUUUGGUGGAAAAGUAACAUGAUAUUUGUGAGGACUGUUAGCCAGCAAAAUAGCCACAGCUGACCUGCUUGAGUCGAAUGACUUGCAUUAGCGGUGUUUGUUUUGACUGUUGUGGCAGCCGAAUCGAUAGCAAGCAUUGCGUUUAUUUUUUUUUCCAACGGCUAUUUUUUUUUUAACUUUUCGAACGAUGCUGAAUAAAAUCUACGAAUGGAUAGGAACCGGCUUUGCCAGUCUUCGCGACGGAGUACCAGCUGAAGACCACUCAGAUGCACACAGGGCACAGGAAGAUGGUCAUAUGAGGAGAAAAAGACCAAUUGAAUGUUUGGAAGAUGGACAUAACAUCAAUCAAGAUGGCCUGAUGAUCAAGAAAUCUCGAAUGGGAGAUCUCAUUGACUCAGUCAAGAUUGCAGCCGAAGGGGUAAAGAGCCAUAGCUCUACUGUGGCCACAUGGAUGAGAAACAAUGUGAGUCCUACCUUGAGAAACAUACUGCCUGCCUCCCCUGGUCCUCCACCACUAGAAGACCAUCCACAGCCUCAGGCCUCAACAUCAGCAAUGGCUUGGGCAGGAAGGCCGACUGUAGAGGGAAACUUUCUGGAUGAGACAUUCGCUGCACCCUCGACAACAUUGGAAUGGAAAGCAUCCAAAUCAGACUCUUUACGAACUGAGAAGACAAUUAUGGGAUCAAAAGUCUGCAGGCGACAAGUGUGCAUGAGUCUUGCACAUCGUGAAAUACCCAAAACAAAUGGGCACUCGGUCAGCUUGCCACCCUCGAGCACUCCUAAAGUAUACUCUACUCCACGGCUAGGCAGGCCCCUCAACCUACGACCACAUGGAACAUCAAGUCAGUUCAGUGCGACAGGCACAAUCAGCAACACCUACAACACCAUGUAUGAGAAGACCUUUCCCAUCAAAGUGGUGCAGAGCCCAACACACAGCACCUCAUCCAGCCGCACACACAGGGCCAGACCUCACUGCACUGCACAGGAGUCUAUUCGUGAAGAUGAGAAGGAGGUGUACAGGCAGCUGCUGACCAUGGUCUCUGGUGGUCAGUCAUCUUUCCUCCAUAACGGCAGCUCACACGCCAUUGUGCGGUCACACAGAGAUUUCACCAGCUUCCUUAGCACCAGUCGAAGGCUGCUACACCUCUCGUCCCCUGCUGGGUCAGGGGCAGGAGGAACUUCAGAGGGACCCAGCGGACCCCCCAGUCCCAGGGGCAUAUCCAGUCAGAGCUCCAGUAACCUCCCCAGCCCAGUGGAGGACUCUGGCAAGCCAAGGAACCAGACAUGGUCUCCAGGUGCUGAAAUCAGCCUCAGUGGAACAGCCACUCUCAUAUCUGCACCUUCCCCAGCUGCCCUGCAAGAUACCUCAUCUCAGGACACACAAUCAUCAGUUCACGAUGGCGACUCCGUAAUAAUUGUAAAAGAGCAAAAGGGUAUAAAGCCAGACAGCUCAAGUGUGCCAUGCUUCCAAGCAGAGUUAUGGAUCAAAGAACUGACCAGUAUGUAUGACUCACGUGCACGAGAGAGACGGAGACAAAUUGAAGAGCAGGAGGCCUUGGCUGCCCAGCUGUUACGGCAGCGCCUGUCUGAGGAACGACAGCGUAGUCCAGAUGUGGAGGUCCAUGUACGAGUCCCUUUGGAGAAGGAGGUUCCUUUGACUCCUGUAGUAGAAGAGCCCAAGUCCCUGGAGGAGAAACCAGAAUUCCCUGAACUCACUGAGGAGAUGGAGCUUGAGGUGAACCGGGCGCUGAGAGGAGGUAGUCCACAUGAAGUAUUGAGUGAAGGCUUUGGGCUCAGUCUCACACGCAAGGACCUGCAGACCCUCAGCCACCUCAACUGGCUCAAUGAUGAGGUGAUCAACUUUUAUAUGAACCUCCUGGUGGAGCGAAGCAAGGACCCCAACCUGCCAACAGUCGACACUUUCAACACUUUUUUCUUUCCCAAGCUGCGUAGCAGCGGUUAUUCUGCUGUCCGCCGCUGGACUAAAAAGAUGGACAUCUUCUCUGUGGACAUCCUGCUGGUUCCUGUCCACUUGGGGGUGCACUGGUGCCUCUCUGUGGUGGAUUUCCGCAAGAAGACCAUCAUGUACUUUGAUUCUAUGGGAGGAAACAAUGUUGAAGCUUGCAGGAUAUUGUUAGAAUACCUGCGACAGGAAAGCAAGGACAAGAAGGGCAAAGAACUGGAUACCUCAGGCUGGACUCUGCACAGCAAAUUGCGCCAUGAAAUCCCACAGCAGAUGAAUGGCAGUGACUGUGGAAUGUUCACAUGCAAGUACGCAGAGUAUAUCACCAAAGACAAGCCAAUCACAUUUACACAGAAACACAUGCCCUACUUCAGAAGAAGAAUGGUUUGGGAGAUUCUGAACCGUAAACUGUUGUGAGGUCAGAUGAGGAUGGUGAACUGGCGGAGUUAGCUCACGGUGUCAGAAGUGUGUGUGGUGCUUGUGGCUGAGCUCCGUUCAACAGCAGGACGCACUCGGUCCUUUUCUGGGAAAGACUCUCACACCAGCUCAUCUAGAUCAGGACACAACUCUGCCACGCCACGUUCUCCAAGGUCAGCCUCGCCACAGGCCGAUCCUGGCUGGUGGGACAAGGCUGAAACAGAAAGCACUGCCUCUCAGGCCUCAGCUCCAGCUCAAUAUUUUUUGGUACACCGUCGGAGCAUCGGUAUUGCAGCUGAAACACUGCGUAUUUUGUAUCGCCCGGCCUGAACUGUUUGAGGAAUCAGAUUUGUACUGAUUUACAAAUCAUACUCUGAAAGGUAAUAAUCACAACCAUUUCUUUUUUUUGCCAACACACAGUUUACAUGUUGUUUUUGUCAUACAGGGAAAUAAGUGCAAUGCUUAAGGUGGCAUUUUAACAGCAGUAAUAUAACUUUUUGCUGAUUGGCCACUGUCAGUGUUUGUUUGCUAGUUAGGUGGUAUAUUUAAAAUAAAUUUUUCACAUUUAAUAUAAAAUUGAAAAUACCCACAUACCACGAUUAUUUUUUGAUGAGACAAACUACCUUUUUAGGCUAAAGGGUUGUCAGAAGCAACAUUGUAAACUGAGGUUGAAAUUUAUACAGUGAGUACAAAGUUUUUGUUUAUUUUCAGCAUUUGGUUUGUGUCUUGCCCUGCAAGAUGAACCACUACACCUAUGCUAGUUCUGUCAUUUUUGGUCAUCUGUUGAAAACUGCGCAAAAGCCUUCAAAUGAGUCCUAAUCUCAGAGUAUGGUUUGUAACACACAUGGCAGAAUUGGUGAUACGUGUUGAUCUACUGCUAUGCCACUGAGGUAAAAGUGUAACCCACCAGUCUUAGUUACACCUUGAAAUAGCUGGAUGCACAAGUAUUACCGUUUCCUACUUAUACAUGAGUCUUGAUACAAGAUUGUAAACUGAAGUUCAAAGUCUAUUUUAUGUAUUUGAGAGAGUUUCUUUUUUUCCUUUCUUUGUUCAAACAGCAACUUUGGGCAUAUUCAGGAUAUUUUCAACAUUGUACAUAAUUAUACAGUCUCUUGGACAGUGUAUUUAAUAUACUUUUUUUUUUUUUUUUACCUUUUUCAUAUCCAUUUUUUAUCUAGAUCAAAGUCCCUUUUAGUAAUAAAUUCCUCAUGUAUUGUGA